UGGUUGAAAGAGUGCCACUUUGCAUGAAACAAAUAUGUCCGCAAAUGACUAGUACAAAACAAUAAAAAUAGCAAGUUGUUAAACAAUCGUGCAUUGUUAAUCUGUCGUUGUUGUUGUUAGUGCCGUGCUCGUGUGUGUGUUCGACCAACUUCACUAAUCCAUGCCAUGGAUGAAGAUGUUAACAAAAGACGAUAUGCGAAACUGGGUUUUAAACCGCAGAAGGAGAACGUUUACAACAAGCUGCUGCCCUACGCCGACAAGCUCGACGAGGAGUCCACGCAGCUGUACGCCAACAUCAAAACUAACCUCGUCAAGUCGGUUCUAGCACGUGAAAUGAGACCGGGAUGCGCCUUAUGGACCUCGCGCUUGAACAAGUACAUAAAAAUCUACGGAAUGAAAUUUUCGAAGGAGGACCACAUCGGCUUCAUUAAGUUGUUCUACGAAAUGCUGACCAUACCGGAUUUAGAACCUACUAGAAUAAAUAAGUGUGCGUCAACUCUGACACAAUUGCUCAAAAAGAGGUAUUUGAUUUCGAGGGAUGAGUUGCAGCUUGACUGGCGCCCCCUAUACACACUUUGUGUUCGCGUGACUGAGAAAAGCAAAACCGACAUAGGGAUGUAUCGUUGCUUUUCCACUCUCGAAGGAACGAUAAUGCAUGUAAUCAGACUGGCCAGGAUAUAUUUUCCGGCUUCGGCGACUCAAGAGAUUUUGGACGAGUUCAGACCCAAGUUGUGUCCAAUGAGUAGUCCGACGAUUCUUUCAGCCAUUCAGUAUUUAGAGAUUUUCUUGCCCGUUUGUGUUAAGCCAGAGGAAGCACCAGUUAGCUAUGAGUUGUGGUUUGAGGAACUUAUGACUUUGUGGAAUGCUUGUCACAAUGCAAGUGCAUGGGAAGAUCACAUGAUGUGGAUGAUGGCCCGUCUCAGCAGCUUCACCAUGGGCUACCUCAACUGGGAGCCCUACAUCCCGAUGAUGUUCGUUCGAUUUUCGCGCAGUUUCCAGCUGCCGGUUGCCUACAGACAAAAGCAAACCGGCAAGCAAUACAAAAUCGAGAUUUCGUCGAUGGCGAUGUGGAUCUCUUGUGCCUUAAACGGCGACAAAAACUCCACCUUUUUCCACCUAGAGAAGUUCAUGCAGGCGUUAGAAUCGUACUACUAUCCGGCUAAUCUAGGUCGUUGGUCCAUGAAACUAAGAGAACUCCUGCGAAAACUCGCCUACUACUUCGUCCAAAGAAUCCACUGGGAACGUUUCAAGAAAAAAACCUGGGAGACAAACAUUCCAGACCACUACAAGCUCUCAGAUCAAGACAUAGACCGUUUCGUCAAUAUUUUAAAACCGUGCCUUGAACAAGCCAUGUUUUCACGACAAGGGGGACAGGACAUCAGUCUAGCUUUACAAUAUUUGGGGUCGUUAAGACCGAACCUCAUCAUACCGAUGACUCUGGACAAGCUUUACUCGUCCAUGGACAGUCUGACUGAGCCGCACAAGCUGACGUCGUCGAUGAUGGGCGUGACCGCUGUGGCGAGGUACAUGGUGCAAGGGGCACGCAGCAACUAUCCAGAGGGUUUCACCCACGUGUUGCCCCUCCUCAUGGCGCUCCUCCCCGGCAUAGACCCAAACGACAUCCGAAAAUGCUUAGUAACUUUCAAUUUCAUGGUCCACUUUAUCAACAUGAUACCACUAAUCAACUGUUCGGAAGCCAGUACAUAUCACGACGAUCUCACCGAAGAAGAACACAUAGUCUGUGAAGCGACUGACGGUUUCGAGGACUUCGUUUUACAAUUCUUUGACAGAUUGUGUCUGUGGGUGGAGUCUAAUUCGUUGGAUUUCGUGCGAUUGGAGCAAGCCGGGAGCACCAACAACAAUAAAAACCGAGCCGAAGUGAUCGCCGAGAGCGCCCUCUUUUCGAUCAUUUCGACAGUUUUGCAUCAGUGCUCACCACAAAUCUUUACAGCCGCCCUUAAAAAAGUCUUUAAUUUCGUGUGCGACAAAGUCAUGGAGAUACACGUAUCGGGGAAAAUGGUCGCCAUUAUAUGUCAAGGGUUUACGAAAGUUAACCCUAAAGAGACUUUAAAACUUUUCAUUCCGCACCUGUGUGAUAUUAUUGAAAGAUUAAUGAACGAAAAUCCAAAUAUAGAAAAAGAGGAACACUUGGAUGACGAGUUGCUUUACAAUUUACAAAUUCUGUCGGAGUUAGUGGACGCCAGGACCGAACUUUUGAAUUACUCUGAACGGUUGAUGAAUAUUUUGGAUAGGACUUUACACAUGAAUUCGUUGAGUGGUAGCCAGAUGGCGGCACGUAUGCUCGAGGUUAUGAUGACGUCAUUGACGUACGUGUUACCGACGGAGUAUAGGAGUUGUUCGACGCCUUAUAACACACCUGUUAAGGAUUUCCUGUCGAUACGGGAGUGGGGUAAAGCUCAAAAUAUUAAAGAUCUGAAAAUAUCCUGGUACGUCCCUGGAGACAAAGAAAUAGGUCUGGUUCAGUCACUCAUUAACAAAUAUUUACUGCCGGAGAUCGACAAACUGAACAAGUACGCCUCUGGAACUUUGACGUUAAGCAGAGAGGAACUCAGGAGGUCCCUAAAAAUAGUAAUUUCUAUUUUAUCUUCUCACCCAGUGUUGCCAAUAUGGGACGAACCUGCGAUUCAAUUAGUGAACUCAGUUCUAGACCCAUGGGCUUUUAAUUUAAUAGUCAGUGACUCGCAUGCUGUCAGCAUGCCAGAUGGUACCAACAUUAGGAAAAUAAUUGCAGACUUGAUGCAUAAAGUGCAACAGCGCGUCCUAGAAACGGACGAAGGUGACACAAAAAGCAUACACAACAUAGUCCACGUUUAUAAUAUUCUUCUGUUUAAUAAGUCUCGCGUCCACGAUUUCGAAUACCAAUGGAAAAAUUUCCACAUAGUGAAAAAACUUCUGGAAGACCGUUUACACCAAAACAAACUCCAUUUGCGCCACAUUCUCAUCAAUAGAGUGAUGCUGCAGCAAGAAUUCAGAAUCGAGAGUCGAAGUUGCUCGUUCACGGAGACACACAAACGGAUUCUUUUGGAUUUGUUCGAACUGAGCGUGUCCCGAUAUAGUGAAGUGAGGAUUUCCGCUCAAUCCAAGCUGUUCUCAGUCGUCUCCUACUUCCCCUACUCCUACACGGUCCUCAAUUCACGAAUCUUCGAAAUCCUGCAACUCGACUCCGAGCAACACCACGAGAAGUUCAAGGGUUGCUUAUACAUUUUGAUUAGUCCGAAAAAUACACCAAUCGUGGCGCGCCACGACUGGAACUUCAUCCGCCAAUUGUGGCCGCUUAUAAUCAAAUCCAUGCCCUCCGAGAAACCCUCGAUCGUCAAUUUGAUAAACGCGGUGCUCGACGCCGUUAACCGAUUUUUCCCCACCAUCGCUAUCAAUUUGGUUUUCCCCCAAAACUGCCUCGACACUGCCAACGUCCUCGCCCAAAACUACCCCAAGUGCGACUUACGUAGCUUCCAGAAGUGCAUCGAGGAGAGUGAGAGGGCGCUCCAAGUCAAGUGUCAGAAUCGAGCGGUGGCUUAUAAUGAAACCGUGGACGGGUUACUGGAUGCUUGUAUAAAUGGGAACUUACACUGGAGGUACCACUCUAUGGCUGUGACUUUUUUGAAGGUUUUAGUGCAUUAUGACGUGAAAUAUAACGUGAGGAUUGUCAGAUAUUUCCUCCAAGCUUUAAUUAAUGAGUCUAUAACGAUACGGAAGACGGCUUUAAGGGUGUCUUUGUUUAUUUUGAUUCAGAAUAAACCGAGAUUUAAGAAGAUUGAGAUUAGUCCGUACGGUUUCGGGAGUUGUAAGGGUGGACAGGACAAGUUGAAUCCGGGUAUUAGGGAAGACAAUAAGUGGUUGUUGUAUGAUAGUAAAACCAUUCCAAAGGAUGCUGAAGCGUGGGAACAGUCCAGGUUUCUGCAUGACCAUAGUACGGGUUUUUAUGCGUGGCCGAAGAAGUUGGAGAUUUAUGCGCCUUCUGAGGACCAACCCAACAUUGACAAACGAUUUUCGAAUCUCACUGAAGAGGAACAGGAAAUUUAUAGUUUCUUCAGUAACGCGGGCAACUUGGAACAGUUCAUUAAGUACUUCUCUAUGGAAGAGAAAAAGGGAAAGGACCAAUUCAACGCAUACAAAUUCCUUUUGUUUAAGAACCUUUUCAAAAUCUUCGAAGACAAACUCCUCGACCCGCUCAUUCCUCAUAUCGAGAAGCUCGUCGCCGACAAGAAUGAAUCGAGUCAGCGCUGCGCCGCCGAGAUCAUCAGCGGCUUGAUUCGCGGCUCCAAGCACUGGAGCUACGACAAAGUCACCAAACUGUGGUCCCUCCUCCUGCCUAUUCUGCACACCGCCAUCGUCAACAUGUGCGGCGAGACUAUGACGGACUGGGGUUUGAGUAUGGCGAUGGCGCUGGAUUCGCGCGACCCCAACCGCCACCACUGGAUCCUGGAGUUUCUGGUCAACGACCCCCUCUCCGACCAGACGUCGUUCGUGGCUUGCGGCCGCCUCCACAUGCUGCACGCCGCCCUCAACCAGCAGACGUGGCGCAACGCCGAGCUGGCGGUGCGUCUGUACGAGUACUUCAAGCAGCACCUGUCGCACCCGUUCCAGAACAUCCGCGACAAGAUCAGCAGCUGCCUGACGAUGAUCUUCUCCAAAGAUUUGAUUUUGCCGAGCGACGAGGAGAUGAAUCCGCCGAGCAUGAAGGGGUUCUUUAGGGAGAUCAUGCCGACGCUGCACAACUUGUACAGUUAUAGCUUGAGUAAAGUGAAUGCGAGGGAGGCGGCGGACGCGGCGAAGGUGUCGCAGGAGAUGCAGACGCUGACGUUGGAUAAUGACGAGGCGAGAGAAAACGCGAUGAGACUAUUCAAACUAGUGUCAAAAUAUGUGACGUCUAGCGUCGUCCGCAUGAACUACUCUACGCUUCCGGAGUACUUUGAGGUUCUACCUCUUUGUUGCGUGCUCCAGAGUAACGACACCGACGACGAAGUUGCCCCGAUUUGUUCCAAUUUACUAGCGGUGUUGGCGUAUACUAUAACGAUAGACCAGGUUAUGCCCUCUGCACUCCAGGCUAUGCGAAAAGUGGCAACGUGUCCGUUCUGGUCGGCCCGAGCGGUUAUAACCGAGUUCAUGUCCGGGUUCGUGUUCCACAACAUGGCCACCAUCAUCUCCAAAAAGGAGUGGGUUUUGGAUAUACAACAAAUGGUGCUAGAGCUUUUAGAAGAUAUACAACCUGAAGUUAGAAUAAGCGCUAGUCAAGUUUUAAGCGGACUUUUACACUGCCAGUUUCUUCCAAACCCGGAAGAGCUAUUAGCACAAUUCAAACAAAAAGCGAAAACCAAAGUAAAGCGGAAAAAUAACGACAGUUCAAGUAGCUUGAACCUAGUGAAUAACACACUGAGAUUUAGACAUGCAGGGGUGUUAGGUUUGUGCACGUUUAUCAACAGCCAUCCAUACGAUGUACCUGAUUAUUUGCCCGAUAUUUUCGGGCAGUUGGGACCGCAUCUGAACGACCCACAACCCAUUCCGACAACAAUUCGCAAGACAUUAGGCGACUUUAAGCGAACCCACCACGAGAAUUGGGAAAUCCACAAACUAAAAUUCACAGAGGAAGAACUGUUAGUUUUAAGCGAUCUCACAGUGCCUCCCAGUUAUUACGCGUAGGGCAAUAAUUUUCCAUUUCCAGUCAAUUUACAACAAGAAUAAAGUAAUUUUUUAAUUAGAGAUAGGUGAAGGAAGGUUCAGGUAGUAUUGUUUUACAUACACCAUUCUGUAGUGUUUAUAUAAAGAUAUAUUUCAUUUCUAUUUUUAACCUGUUGAUUAAAAGCCAUUGUUUUGUGGUUUGAUAAAAUACAAUAAAAUCCUUUAUACGUGA